UCCAGGGGCAUGGUCUAGUGGCCUGGUCAAGGACGUGGAACCAGUCCCUGGAGGUUCUGACCCGCUCCGUCUUGGCCUCCGCUUGGUCUCGGGUGUAGUCCCCACCACCAGCCGCCAUGGGCAAGCAGAACAGCAAGCUGCGGCCCGAGGUGCUGCAGGACCUGCGGGAGAACACGGAGUUCACCGACCACGAGCUGCAGGAGUGGUACAAGGGCUUCCUCAAGGACUGCCCCACCGGCCACCUGACCGUGGACGAGUUCAAGAAGAUCUACGCCAACUUCUUCCCCUACGGCGACGCCUCCAAGUUCGCCGAGCACGUCUUCCGCACCUUCGACACCAACGGCGACGGCACCAUCGACUUCCGGGAGUUCAUCAUCGCGCUGAGCGUGACCUCGCGGGGCAAGCUGGAGCAGAAGCUCAAGUGGGCCUUCAGCAUGUACGACCUGGACGGCAACGGCUACAUCAGCCGCAGCGAGAUGCUGGAGAUCGUGCAGGCCAUUUACAAAAUGGUGUCCUCGGUGAUGAAGAUGCCGGAGGACGAGUCCACUCCGGAGAAGAGAACGGACAAGAUCUUCAGGCAGAUGGACACCAACAACGAUGGCAAGCUGUCCCUGGAAGAGUUCAUCAAAGGUGCCAAGAGCGACCCCUCCAUCGUCCGGCUGCUGCAGUGCGACCCCAGCAGCGCGAGUCAGUUCUGAGGGAACAGGCCUCUGGACGGUUGCAGAGAAACACAGGCUUGUCUUGCCGUCUAAGCUUUGCUUGCAGAAGUGGGUGCCUCCGCAAUCAUUCCUGCCCUCCCGGGCCCCAGGGCCCAGGCGACACAUCGCACCUGCCCGGCCCGGCCGGCUGCGCCUCCCUCCUCUGCCCGACCAGUGUGACGUUCCUCUCCCCGUGCCCGGCCUGGUCCCUUCCAGGGCGGCUCCCAGGGAUGUGAUUACACGCAGGGUUCCUGUGUUCCUGGCUCCGGGGCCCCUCCCUGCCCACAGGGAGCCCAGAGAACACCACCGAGGAGGAUACUAGGCAGGACUUUCCAAGGUCGCACCGAGGCCAGCUAAUUUAUUCCGUGACCCCAGGUGGCUCUGUGGGGCCGAGGCAGAGGGAGAGUGGACAGGCGGGCCCCUCCCGUGCAUGGCCGCACCUCCUUUGUUCAUUUUCUCUGACCAAAGCCGCUUGCACGUACAUAUACUGUGGUCUCCUUUCUUUUAAUAUAUAAAUUAUACGUAUGGUGACGUGAAAUGUAACGUGUAGGUCCCGUAUUUAAUGCCUCCGGUUGCCUUUGAAGCGUGGUCCCCCUCGUGGCCCGUGACCCCUCGAGCCCGGUUGUUUUGUGGUCUUUGCGCACUCUCCAUCUGCCCGUGUCAAAAGGAAAUGCAUGCGUGCCCAGAGCCGUGGCGAUGCUAACGUCCGUGUAGUGAACGCAGGCGUGCGUGUGCGGUCUUUCCUCCCUGUUGAUUGGUCUGGCAUUUCCGGUAUUAAAGUGAUAAAAUAAACGGCAUUCUCUGA